AUGAAUGUCGAUGGGCAUCCGUUGUCAUCUGAAAUCUACUUGACCGGCUUCUCGCAUAAUCAUUCCCCUCUUGACUCUCCUGCUUGUUCAUCAGACUUAUCUUCUUUGCUUGAGCACACCUUGGCAUUCUCGUUUCCACAUGAGGAAAUAUACAAAAACUUACUUUUAGUACCGUCUUUAUGUGAUGAGAACGAUGUUUUUCCCUCUGUCAAACCAUCGAAAAACUUUGACUUCAAUGUCUAUAUUCAAUCUUACAUUGGUUACACUCAAAUCGAACGGCUCCUUUUAAUCGGAGAGACGUGCCCUUCACUUCGAGAUCCCACUCGUCGGUUUACUCUACAACUACUGCAGCAAUCUGAAAACGUAUUUUUAUAUAAAAAACUGAUGGACCGUCCCCUUUUUUCAGACAUGGAAUUUGAUGGGAACUGGAUUUUAGAGAAGGAAAAAGAGGCGUGUCUCAUUAUUGGAAAUUUAGAGAAUGAGAAUUCUAUAUACAAAUCUAAGAUGGACAAAAAAAAAGUCUAUGAAAUUCAAUGUAAACUUGGACAAGCUCAUUAUAAAUAUGGAAAUUUUACAGACGCUCUUCAAGCAUUUUCGAAUGCACGAGAAUCUUGUUCCACGCCCCAGGAAUUAUUUGAAGUGAAUUUGGAAUGUGCCUUUAUAUCCAUUCAACUGCAAAAUUUUGAUUAUGUUUCUAAUAGCAUUGGCUACUUGGCCCAGUCGCAAUGCCUAGAGCCCAACAUUGCUUCCAAACUUAAAAGCUGGGCGGCCCUUGCAAUGCUCUACUACAAAAAUUACAGGCUGGCGGUAGUCAAGUUUCUAGAAAUUCCCACCAGUCAUUAUAACGCCCAAAUUUUCAGCGAUGUCUUGAGCGUGCAGGAUUUGAUCACAUACAUAUGUGUUCUCUCGCUUGCCGAAUCUGACCGACGAGAAAUAUCAGACCUGCUUGGUAAUGCUAACUUUCGCUCCCAACUCGAGUCACUGCCUCACAUCCACGCCCUGCUUACAUCCUUUUACAAUUUGCAAUACAACUCAUUUAUACAACUACUGGAUCAAAUAAGCAAUGAUUUGAGAUUUGACCUUUACAUGCAUCGACAUAUCCACACCUUGAGCAAAAAAAUUUAUUCUAAAGCGCUUUUGCAGUAUUUGAGUCCUUACGAAUGUGCGGACCUACGAACUAUGGGACAGUCAUUCGGCGUGGAUCCAGCGUAUUUGGAAAAGCAAAUUGCUUGGCUCAUUAACGAUGGUGCUCUGAUGGCACGAAUUGACUCGUGUAACAAGUUAAUUUAUACUCAUAAGUCUAACGAGCGGAUGAAGACUUACUCCACGACCCUGAAAACAGGGGACGGGUUUCGACGUAACACUGUGUCUACGUUAGUGCGCAUCAGCCUCACUCACUACAACUCUUGCCCAAAGUAA